AUGAUCUUCAUGCUGCUUGCCCUGUAUCUGGAUGUUUUCAGUCGGCAGUGUAUCGAAGAAACUUGGAUUUUGUUUCAUAUGAAUCUUGAAUUCUUGAUUGAAGUAUUUUCUGGAGUGUGGGAUGUAUUUGAUUUGGUGGAGCGUCUGGAUUCUGAGCUGGCAAGGUUGCGGGGAUUGCUUGAACAUCAGCAACAUGAAUUGGAUCACCAGAUGCAACACCUGGUGUUGCAACAACGGUUACAGCGUGAACUGGAGGAGGAGCUGAAACAACAACAGCGUCGAAAGCGACGACGAUCAGGAGAACUGGCACGAGAAAGAAGUCGCCAAAAUCCAGACCGGGGAUGGUUUCAAGGUAAUGGUUGGUCACCAAGAAAGCGGUGGAGGGGUAAUGUAGAAAUGGAAGAAGUAGAAGUAAAACAAGAAGGAAAAAGCGAUAAAUGUCCAGACAUCUAUUAUUUUGGAUGUUUUAGGAUGUUUUGUAAUUGUAAUGGUAAUGGUAGUGGUUAUGGUGGUGUUUAUCGUAGUGCUUGUGGUUAUGGCAGUGGCAGUGGUAGUGGUAGGGGUAAUGGUGAUAGUAGUGGUUAUGAUAGUGCUUAUGGUUGUGGCAGUCGUAGUGGUAGUGGUGAUAGUAGUGGUUAUGACUAUGGUAUUGUUAAUGGUAAAGGAAAAACUGAUAAAUGGACGUUUUCCAAUGGUAACGGUAGUGGUAGUGAUCAUGGUAAUGGUAGUAGUUAUAAUAAUGGUGUUGGUUAUACUAAUGAUGUUGCAAGACAAGAACCGAAAAAUCCACUAGAAUUUAUUAAAGUAGUGCAAAAAGAAGAAUGUUUGGAUCAAGCUUAUGCUAUAAAUGAUGUUUAUACUAACAACAAUCAAAUAUCGGCGGCAACAUCCACCAUUACAUCAACACAAAUUUAUCCACAACAUCAACAAAUGUUUCCGCACCAGUAUGGUCCAAGUUAUUAUCCACAAGCACAACAACAAUAUCUAGGGGUAAAUACAAAUUAUUAUAGUUAUCAGCAAACACACCAACGACGAUUACCGCCACUCCCAAGGUGUUAUCAAUGCAACAGGACGGGUCAUUUUGCACGUGAUUAUUAG